GCCGUUCAAUUCCUAUUUGAGAGCCGGCACAAGAAAUGAAUCCAUCUGAAAAGAAAGCCGAAACCUCCAGCCUUUCAGAGGCUGCAAAUGAAGAGACUCUUUUCUCAGCAAGGGACCCCUUCCAGCAAACACAAGAAAGCCUGGAGGAAGAUUUAAAAAAAAAGCUGCGAAUUCUGUCCAAGAGGGAAAUCAGUCUUUCCCAGCAUUGUGCCACUCUCGCAGGGUACAUGAGAACCUUACGAAUGCCCAGGAGCCUCAGUUCUUUUCUGAUACCAAUUUUCUUCCAGGAAGAUGAAGAGUUCUUGGAUCAGUGGAACACAAUCCUAAAAAAAUGCUCUGUAGACCUCAUGCAGUUAAUGGUUGAGGGCUUGAGAGCCACCUUGAAACAGGUCAGGGAGGAGAUAACUGAAGUUCAACAAAUAUUACUAGAGAUCCUGCCGGAGGAAGACUGUCAAUUCAGAGAGGCAGAACUCAAAGGCAAACCUAUUCUGCAUGCGUUGGAGCAAGAUCUGGAGAAGUAUCAGAGAGAAGUGUUAGAUUACAGUGCUACGAAGAAAAGAGAAAGGGUCCCCCCUCCAGCCACAACAUGCACAACCUACCCAUCAGGAAGCAAUGCCGAAGAAGAGGAAGAAGAAGAAGAAUCAAAUUCACCUACAUCCUCUAACUGGCAGAAGAUGAGAGCCAAGAGCCCACAACCAAACUGGGGGCAAAGUGAAGUCAAACAUCCCUUUAAGUGGUGCAAUAGAAGGUGUCAAGGAGGCAGGAAUGGGAAAUCUCAAGAGAGGAAAGGAAUCUAGAAGUUCCCUCGCAACUGGAGAGGUGGAGAAGACUGGAUCACAUGGAAUGUGCCACCAAAAUCAUCUUCUGCCUUCUCCUUUGAGACCCACUAAGAGCCGUAUCUGUAACACUGUCUGCUCAUGUAUUUGUAUGGACUGCUCCUUUAUAAUGUGCUUUGUAUUUUAGCUACUUGCUCUGCAUUAUUUCUCUACCCCACUUAGUUUGUGCUUAAGGGGCCUACUAUUAGAAAGUACAUGUCUUGUUGUAGCCUGAACUCACAGGACCUCCCUAACUCGUCUGUCUGAUACAUGCAAGUUAAGGGUAGGAUGGUGAGUUGCAAUAAUUAUAGGGCUGCAGAAUGUAGUGAGGGCUGCUCUGAUGGAGGGUCCCAAUCCUACCUGCACUCAAGGAUACAGAGUGUAAACAAGUGGCAGAUUGUGCCACUUAGCAAAUGACCCCUAUAGAUUU